GCUUAUCUGGGGAGAAAGUUAGGGCACUUUCGAGAACCCGCCUUUUAAAAGGUCAUUGAAAUGUGUGAAUCAUUAUUUCACCAGGAGCCUGUUUGCGUUGUGAGCUGUUAUUCGUCUGAAGAUGUUACUUGAGAGGCUGUUUGUUUUGUUACUUCUAGUGGUGGUGAGUCAUCAGAAUGGAGGAGGUUGUCUUCCGUUGAGUGUUGAUCAGCUGACAAAGAAACUUGGAAACGGAUUUAUUCCCCAGCACAUGAGUAUGGAUCAGAACUUUGACGGAAAUCACCCCCUGCAAUACAACCAACAUGGAAUUUGUAGUUCGAAACUCGUCUUCGAUCAGUUUCCCGACAGCUAUUUCCCAAGGUUCAUACGACACGUCAAGUGUGAUUCUGAGGAAGACAAAUGUAUGACUGGCAAAUCUUGCCAAACGGUCGAUGCAUACAUUAACAUACUGGAGAAGAAAGCUACCAUAUUCUGCGACGAUGAUGGGUACGAACAGUGGACGACCGUCAGUUUGAAGAUUGGUGCUGGGUGCGAGUGUGCCGUGGAAACGUUCUAGAAUAACGGACAUUUGAACAUUUAUACAAUUUACAGUUAUGCUAUUUUGUUAUAUUAAUGAUGAGGACCAUUGGUUCCAGUCUU